GAAUUGGCAUAUUUUUGAGAACAGAUAUUCUAAUAAUUUUUUUUUCGUUUACAUGGUGUUUGUAAAAGUUGCCCACAGAUAUAGUCAGGCCAUGUUUUCAUUUGGAAGGAACAAAGUGGUUCAUCACCUCCUUAAGUCCUGUGGAAUGUCAACAGCUAAUCCUGCUGCUCAGGAAUCCAAAAUGCAUUACUUGUUGCUGAUAAUUCCAAUAUCAACAUUUGGCCUGGGAACAUGGCAGGUCAAGAGAUUGCAAUGGAAGAAAGGAUUGAUCAAGGACCUUGAGUCCAGGACAACUGAACCAGUUCGAGAUCUUCCAGAAAAUAUUGAUGAACUUAGAUCAAAAUUUCUGGAAUAUCGACGAGUCCUGGUGCAAGGAACAUUUGAUCAUGCAGAGGAAAUCCAUUUGGCACCAAGGUCACUCAAUGAAGGUGCACAUGGAGGAGGGAGUCUCGGAAGAAAGCCAAAAUCUGGUGCUCAAAUCAUCACACCAUUUGAAAUCUCUGGAACAGGGCAAAGAAUCUUGGUCAAUAGGGGUUGGGUGCCUAUGGACAAAAUCAGACCUGAAAAAAGACAAGAAGGACAGAUUGAGGGUGAGACGUCUUUGGUUUGCUUCAUCAGACAAGGAGAGAAGCGACAGCCAUUUCAGGCAAAAAAUAAUCCAGAAAAUAACAAGUGGUAUUCCCGAGAUGUGGAUGCUAUGGCGGAAGUUACAGGCAGCUUGCCAAUUUUAGUUGAUGCUGAUGCUGCCAGCACAGUUCCGGGGGGACCACGAGGAGGCCAAACCCGGGUGUACCUUCGUAACGAACAUCUUCAGUACAUUAUAACCUGGUAUUCGUUGUCCGCCUUUACUGCCUACAUGUACUACAGGUUAAGGAAGUCGCCCAAAAAUGUUUUCACGUAGUAAUUUCUGUUAAAGCCUUCUUUCCAAGCCGUGUGAUUGAUGGAGAAUUUGAAAUGCAAUUUAAUUUACACAAACUUCUGACGGAAGGACAUCAGUGUGGAGUGUUAGGCGACAUGUUACUUGAAUAAAAGUAAUCCGCGAUUGCAGUGCUUUUGCUUGAUCACGCCCUGUGAUUCGUGGACUGAACUCGCGCCACUUCCUGUUCAACCAAUCAGAUGCAAAACGAAAACUCUGUCUCACGCGUCUUCCCGCGUUUUAGGCGGUUUACACGUCUUUUCUUUGAAUUCCUCUUGUGUUUGCCUUCGCGCUGAUCUACCGGAGUCAAUACUUUAUUAAUUUAAAUUUUAUGGCAUUCAAUAGAAUUACAAUCAAUGGAACAGGUUCGGUGACCAAACUUAUAUGAUGUAGGAUCAAGGCAUUGCUAAGUGAUCAAACGGUGUCGAUUUGGUUGAUUAAGAGGAAUCGAACCCAAAAGUUAGCUUUUUCUGUAGAUAUAACCCUGAGUGCCCGCGCACAAAGAAUGCGAGUGGGUAAAAUGCUUGACGAAGAUUUCCAGUCAAGCAAAACACAGCCAAUCCGCCUUAAACCAGGCUAAAAUAGUUUACAAGUGUCUUUCAGCAAUAAAUCGGACUAAAAACUACGAUACUUUAGUAUUCUUUGCAUUGCUUGUAGUUAUAUCAAAUUUGCUUCAGAUUUGAGAUUCAAAGUUGUCAAGGAAGCGUAUAUGUCCUCUUUUUAUAUGCUCUCUGUCUGGUAGGUUUCCUAAGGUUUUGUUGUCCAUGGUCCAUACAGAUGAGAAAUCCUUUCUAUAUCUAACAA